AUGGCUUUGCUGAGCCACCAACCAGCCGUGGAGAGCGCUCAGCCUCCUCUCCCCCUGCCUAGGCCAUGGAAGGAGGAAGGCUCUACCCUCGCUCAGGACAAUGCAGCAUUCUAUCACCGGUACCAAAGGGGGCUCAAAGGGUUUCUUCGCACAGGCUUGAAGAUGGCCAGUCUGGCCAUCGUGACCUCUCUCAUCGUAGUGCUGGCUUGGUUUUACUUCCAGUCUAAAGACAAGGACUCAUCCUCUUCCGAGUCCUCGGAGGAGAUUGAUGAUUCCAGUUUAUUCCUUUCUUCUCGUAACAGCAUACCUCAUGGUAUCGGCCACUGCCCGUCAACGCAACAGGCUCUACUACCAGACCUUCCAGCGCCAGUCAACGUCUGGGCACCCUUCACUCCUCAAGAGGCGAGCGACGUCGGGACAUGGCUUCGGGCCGAAGAACGCGGUCUAAACCUGACCGAAGCAACCCGCUCGACACCAUCGGACAACGUCAUCUUCGAUAUCCAGCUCUACAUCCCUCCUAAAGACGCAGUUCUUGCCUAUUUGGACGAUCCCCAAACGGUGCAUCCUCCUUCCCGAUUUGCUCACGUCGCCAUCAACCAAGGCGCGGCCCCGAACCCGACUGUCGGGAACUUCCUCGUUGGGCCGCUGCCCAUUUCUGAAGCGACGGAGAUUAGGCCGCUGACGGAGAUUUAUCAUAACUAUGAGGUUCCCUUUAACGCCCGCGCGUUGGUGGACUUGGAGAUGGCGGAGGAGCGAGACUAUUUUAUCAAAGCUGCCGCUCCAUUGGCUGAAGCGGUCAAGGAUCUCUUUGGCGGAGAGCUUCUGGGCGAUUCGAACGAUACACUCCUUGUGGGACCCAGCGGUCCCAAGAGUUACGAUGGUUCUUGGAGGAAGGCCUGGUACACAUGGCGUUGGGAUGUCCCUGGCUCCUUCCUUCACCCAAUCAACUUCUACACAUAUUUCGAUAUGUCCGGAACAGACACUUCACAGUGGCAAGUCGUCAAGGUCGUUUAUCACGAUCAAUUCUUCCCAUCUGUCGAGUCUUUCCUCGAGGCAUGGAGGAACGGAACCUUCAUUCGACACCCUCCCCCUGAAGGAACGAGGGAAUCUCGCCUGUGGUCAAGCCGGCAGCGUCAGGGAGAACCGAGGGAUCUUGAUCACCUUCCUGGACCAACACAAGUAUCGUUUGCAGGGCCUCGGUUCCGCGUUGACCCUGCUACGCGAUACGUCACUUGGAUGGGAUGGAGCAUGUAUCUGGGGUUUAGCAGGGACAUGGGUCUCAGCCUUUGGGAUAUUGGGUUCAAAGGCGAGAGACUUAUUUACGAGCUGUCCCCUCAAGAAGCAGUCGGACAUUACAGUGGUGGAGACCCGUUCCAAUCCCGAACAGCUUGGCUCGAUCGUCAUUUUAGUAUGGGUGCUCGGUCCCGGGAGCUUAUACCGGGCUACGAUUGCCCUCGAGGAGCGGUGUACCUUCCGAUGGAUACGUACGUUGCGACAGGAAACGUGCAUAUCGAAAGGGCGAUCUGUGUCUUCGAACACGAUCUCUCUAUACCCUUGACGACGCAUAUCGGGCCUGUCGAAGGGGAGUCCGGCGCGGUAAACUCAUAUGUACUCGUGCUUCGUUCAAUACCGACAGUUGGGAAAGUCGACUUCGACGUAGCUGGAACGGCCAAUUCCCUGCUCAAGACGACUGUGGGACAGGAGGAGGUGGAGCUGCCUUGGAUGGACGAGGACUGGGGGAACACCAUGAUGCAGGGAAAGAUCAUAAGAGAGUACGUCGAGGUGGAAGACGAUUCCAGAUCGGACUAUCCUCCCAAUGGGCUUGGAAAUUACGCUAUUGUCAACAAGGACGCCCUGAACGCGUGGGGCAACCCUCGAGGAUACGCUAUCCGACCUGGCCAAUCCCCCACUCGCCUUAACGUCGUUGGUUCCAAGCUUCUCGAGAAGAACGCCAACUGGGCGAAACAUAACAUUGCCGUCACUAAGAGGAAAGAGACUGAACCUUCAUCCAGCAGCAUAUGGAACGGCCAACUACCUGGAGCACCUCCUGUCGACUUUGACAAGUUCUUCGACGGGGAAAGCAUUGAGCAAGAAGACUUGGUUCUGUGGAUCAACUUAGGCGCCCAUCACCUGGUAGGUGCCAUCCUUGGCUCUGCAAUGUUCGCGGAUGUUGAAGUGGUAUUGUUUCACCAAAAGCCCCACGCCGAGGACUCCCCCAAUACGAAAACGAAUGUCGCAUCCUCCAGUUUCAUGCUUACUCCAAUGAAUUAUUUCGACUUCGAUGUUUCGAUGGAAUCUCUCAAUUCCGUCACGCUGAAAGAUCCAGCGAAGGUUGGAGGGCCUUUCGAAGACAACGGUGUCAAGGGGGACUGGUACUGUAAUGUUCAACCACUACCUCUCCCUGCCGGUGCAUCGUCAGAACACGAGAAGGGCGAGAGAAAAUUUGACCACGCAAAGUUGAACGCGAUGAGAGGGAGUUGA